AGACAAGACGCGAAAGAUGUCUGCCUUCAUCUACCUGCGGAGAAUCGACUGGCUCCUGCCAAAUGACGCCGUCAGUGUCCGGAUUGCUCCGGAAGACAUCCCCGGUUCAGUCAGCCAUGGACGAACCAGUACCAGCAGUGGAGGCCGUCGGAGGAAAUGCCACACUGGGCCGCCGGCACCCAGCUCCCUCACCAUAUCUGGAUCUGCUCCCAUCCCGGUGGCGACCAGCAGGGCUCAGCAGGGCAGAAGACGCCGUAGAAAUACGGCGGGAGGCCGGUCAGGCCGUAGAAAGAAGUACAAAAAACAGAAGGGGCCAUUUACCAAAAAUUUACAGAAGCUGCUAACCUUCAGUGACAGCAAAUUGGCAAACCCCUUUGACUCAAUCCAGGUGGGUGACCAGAUCCCGUGUGAGGAUCUCACCCAGAGUGACGACGAGGUUGCUAGCAUCCUGUGUCGCACUCCAUCAAUUUUAGAGCCUGAGCUGCUCACCAGCCUUCUCUUCCACUUCCUUCUUAUUUCCAUCACCAGUCCCAUCCUCUUUUGCCUCCUCUCCAUCCCCAUCUUUUUUUACAGACUCUCCUCCUCCGUCACCAUGUGUAGUCUCACCUGUAAGCCCAGCUCCACACCCAUCUUCAGCUCCAGCCAUGGUUCAUCCCACCCCUCUGUAUCAGGUUCCAGCGCAGGCUGCAGCCCCCUCAUCUGA